UUGAUCCGAUGAUUCCCUUCCCUCCCCAGGUCCCGUGCACGGGUUCACCCCACCCGGAAUCUUUAUAUAAAUUCCGUUCCCACGCGCAACAAAAACCAACGGCACACGGCGCCGCCCACCUAUCCGUCCGCCCACCACGAGCGCGCGCACCGCACGCAGCGCAGCGAGCGAUCGCGUCGGUCGAGCCGGCGCCAUGGAUUUCCACCACCACCAAUACCACAGCGUCCGCGCGGCGGGGCCGCCGGCGCCGGCGGCGCGGCCGUGGAGCAAGGCGGAGGACAAGGUGUUCGAGGGCGCGCUGGUGAUGUGGCCCGAGCACGCGCCCGACCGCUGGGCGCUCGUCGCGGCGCAGCUCCCCGGCCGCACGCCGCGGGAGGCCUGGGAGCACUACGAGGCGCUCGUCGCCGACGUCGACCUCAUCGAGCGCGGCGCGGUCGACGUGCCCGCCUCCUGGGACGACGUCGGCGGCGGCGAGGAGCGCGCCCCCGCCCGCCGCGCCGGCCCCACCCGGCCACGCCCCGAGAAACGGCGUACAGGGAUACCCUGGAGCGAGGAGGAACACAGGCUGUUUCUUCGGGGGCUGCAGAAGUACGGGCGCGGGGACUGGCGCAACAUCUCGCGGUUCGCGGUGCGGACGCGGACGCCGACGCAGGUGGCCAGCCACGCGCAGAAGUACUACAACCGGCAGCUCAACCCCGCCAGCCGCGACUCCAAGCGCAAGAGCAUCCACGACAUCACCACCCCGUAGACCCGAUCGCCGCAGCCGACGCCGACGCCGACGCCGACGCGCUCCACUAGUCCAUGACCAUGUACAUAUACUUAAUGCUAGUUAUCUUAAAUUAGGCUAAGGUGCUUUCAAAAAUUAGGCUGAGGCGGCCAAUGGAUCUCUGCAUUGCUGUGGAUGCAAUGCAAGAAACAGAGGCAGAGAGUUCCAGCCGGCUGUUAGCACAAGGCUUACUCGUAGUAGCAGAACACUAGAACUAGCCCUGGGGGUUAAACAUCUGUGAAGUCUGACGUGGAGACGUUGUGUCUGGUUUAGUUGGAUCAGACCAACCAGCGCACGUGUCGCUGUUGCAUACUACUAGUACUAGUUUAAUGGUGCCUUCGCAUGGUGGUGUCGAAGUUGGACUGGAUAACUUGUAUAAUUGUUGUCUGGGUGGCGUUCAUACCAAAAGGAAACAUGCAGUAGAUAUGCGGCUGGCUGA